AUGACAGCUCACAGCAACCCACUGAAAGUGGUGGAUGUUUCGCAACUUACACAGGAGACCGCAGACAAGAUCCUCGAUGGUUUCACCACGCAAGGGUUCUUGUUCGUCGAUGGCCAUGAUUUCACACAGCAAGAGGUCGAUCAUUACUUCGAGCUAAGCGAGCAGUUCUUCCAACUUCCAAAGGAAGAGAAGCUAAAGUUUGCCAUCAACCACGAGGACUGUGGUUACACCACGUUCAACCAGGAGAAUCUUGAUCCGGAAACUCAAGAGAAAGGUGACCCCAAAGAGGCCUUCAAUUUUGGACAUUUCAACUUUGUCACUGGUGAUUGCGAUAAGACCAUGCUUCCUGACAUGUUUGCAGAUGGCACUGAGAACUAUGCUUUCAUUCAGAAGAUGACCAAGAAGAUGUUCAGCCUGGGCACUCAAAUCUUGAAGCUUUUGGCAAUGGGACUGAAGAUCGACGAGGAAGCUGGUGGCUCUAACUGGUUCAGUGACAGACACAGGGCAUCAGGCACCUCAAUGACAUCCAUGAGAAUGUUGCACUACCCAGCAACUUCCAAGAUGGAUGCCGAGAUGCGAGUGAGAGCAGGUGCUCACACCGAUUACGGGUCAAUUACACUGCUGUUCCAAAAACAAGGACAAGAGGGCCUUGAGAUAUUCGACACCAGUGACAAAUGGACACCAGUGCCAUUCGUGAAGUCUACAAAUGAAAAGUAUCUCGAAGAAGGGAGAGCUGCUCCUAUAGUGAUUAACAUUGCUGACCAACUCUCUGCAUGGACAAACAACGUCUUGAAGAGCACACUGCACAGGGUCACUUUGCCAACUGAAGGCCAAGAUAGAUACUCAAUUGUCUUCUUCUUUGAUGCAGAGGACUCUGUAAGAAUGGUUCCAAUUCCAUCUCCUAUUGUUGCAGCAGCAGCAACCGAGGAGAUCGACUUGAACAAAGAUGAGUCAGAGUACAUGACUGCUCGGGAAUACUCAGAGAAGAGGUUCAGAGAGACCUAUGUCAGUGGUCAUUAG